AUGACGAAGAAGGAUACGGCGAAGAAGACAGUAGCCAAUCUCAAGAAGAAUAAGCACUACAGACCUGCGGGGAAAAAGAGGGAAGGAAAUGCUGCAAGGUACAUGACACGGUCACAAGCUAUCAAGCAGCUCCAAGUUAAUCUAAGCGUCUUCAGGAAGCUCUGUAUCCUCAAAGGUGUAUUCCCCAGGGAACCAAAGAAGAAGGUUAAAGGUAAUAACCAGACUUACUAUCAUGUGAAGGACAUUGCUUUCAUACAACAUGACCCCCUACUUGAGAAGUUAAGGGAACAGAGAGCAUAUCAGAAAAAAAUACACAAGGCUUUGGCUAAGAAGAAUGAAGAUCUUGCUACCCGACUUCGAACUAGAGAGCCAAGUUACACUCUGGACAGGCUGAUCCGGGAAAGGUAUCCCAAGUUUGUUGAUGCACUCCGGGACUUGGAUGAUUGUCUCUCGAUGGUGCAUCUGUUUGCAGCAUUGCCCGCUGUAGAGAGGUUGAAAAUCAAUGUGGAGCGGGUCCACAGUUGUAGAAGGUUGAGUCAUGAAUGGCAAGCUUAUGUUGCUCGCCGUCAUAAAUUACGGAAGGUGUUUGUAUCAGUAAAAGGCAUAUAUUAUCAGGCUGAAGUUGAAGGCCAGAAGAUUACAUGGCUGGCUCCUCAUGCUAUGCAACAAGUUCUGCCGGAUGAUGUCAACUUCAGUGUCAUGUUAACUUUUGUUGAGUUCUAUGAGACUCUUCUUGGCUUCGUCAAUUUCAGGCUGUACCAUUCCAUCAGUGUGAAGUAUCCACCUAUUCUUGAUCCCAGACUAGAAGCUCUGGCAGCAGAUCUUUAUGCUCUCACAAGAUAUAUGAACGGUAAUACUAAGCGUAUUAAUGAAGAACAAGAGUCCGGUUCCACUAAACCUGAGAAAACUAGAGGCCAACUAGAAGGGGCACAGUUUGAAGAGUCCGAGUUAAGACUUUCCCAACUUCAGCAUCAACUUCCUUCAAAUGAAGACAGGGCAUUGAUGCACCAUAUUGAAGAAGACGAUGAAAAUGAUGAUGAUGAGGAUACCAAGAAGUGUAAGAAACUCUUCAAGAACAUGAAGUUCUAUUUAAGCCGUGAGGUCCCUCGGGAGUCUUUGCUUUUCGUCAUUCCUGCUUUCGGUGGUGUUGUCUCAUGGGGAGGAGAUGCAGCUCCUUUUACUGAAGCCGACCAAAGCAUUACACAUCAGAUUGUUGACAGGCCUAGUCAAGGUCACAUGUACCUCUCCCGAGAAUAUAUUCAACCUCAAUGGAUUUAUGAUUGCAUAAAUUUCGGGGUCAUAUUAGAGGCACAUAGAUAUCUGGUUGGAAGGGUCCCUCCUCCGCAUUUGUCUCCUUUCGUUGAUAAUGAAGCAGAGGGUUAUUUCCCUGACUAUGCGGAGACCAUCAAACGUUUUGAGGCUGCUGCCAAGAAUGAAGUCCUCCCUAUGCCAGGUGUGGGGAAGGAUGACUUAGAUGAUCCUCAACUCUUGUUGGCUGAAGGAUAUCUUAGUCGAACUGAGGCUAUUGAAGUUGCUGAGAGAAAGAAAGAGAGGGCAACUUCGGAGAAGCAGUAUCUUGAAGACCUUAAACAAGAAGUACAGGGUCACCCUGAUGCUACUGCAUCUAUCGCUGUUGAGGGCGCUCAAGUCGAGGAAGAGUCUUCUCGUCCCCACUUGGAACAGGUUGCUGAAGACACUGAUGGAACUGCUUUGAUGAUGAUGUCACGUAGAAAUAGAGGACUUUUUAGAGCCAUGAAGAUUGCUAAGGAUAAAAAGAAGGCCAAAGUCGAGAAGCUCAAGCAGCGGAAAAAGCAAAUUGCUGAGAGUACCUAA